AGUUAACGUCGACGUCAGACAAACAGUGGAAGCGUGAUAUAAGGAUUUUGCUUAUCGACCACGCCGAGUCUUGCGACAAGCAAGGCUCGCUCAAGACGACGGUCGCAUACCUUGAGGCUAACCCCAGCUUCCGGCACACCUGGCCUAAGCUCAUCUUCUUCAUCUUCGUGGUCAUCUUCAUCUUCUUCGUCCUUAUCUUCAUCGCGGACUACAUCGUGCUGCAAACCACCAUACAUACCUUUGUGCGACUUGCUUACCCCUGCAGACACUGGUGCACACUCCUCUCAGACACGUCCUUCCGCAGUGUCUACACCGCCGUCAUCACCACGAAAAUCUUCGCAAGAUUUUGUCGUUUCUACUGCGCCAAUAUAUCCAAUGCGCAAUCACCACCGUCCACGGGAACGUGACUUGCUCUUUGAGAAUCGUGACGAGGAAUUGAGUGCAGAUGAUGAGGAAGACACGACUAAUGUUAUAUACACUGCUAGACGCACUCGAAGUAAUCAAGACAUACACCGUCACACUAAUACACGAUCAGUCAAGGAUUCACGAGCGAGCGGGUUUCGUGCAGUCCUAAGCGUGGGCAUUGGCUGGCGGAGGCCCAAGUCGGAGCAGAUAACAACUGCUCCAGGACAAUUAGGUGCUGGUGAAACAGAGACUGAGGCCGACGAACCUCCACGACAUCUUCCGACGACGCGUAUCCUACCUGCCUCAGAUCCAUUAGUUCCACCAAGCACUCUGACAACUCUACUUUUUGAUGCAUCACGACUCCUGUCUGUCGUCCCUGCUUUAUUAGGCGCGCUCAUAAAUGCCUGGUGUGUGUGGAAACCUCCAGGUUUGUAUUUGGGACAAUUCGCUCCCGGUUCGUGCUCUCGAAUUCAUCGAGAGCAUGAUAGUUGGGGUCGCAUCGCUCUGCCGGACAGAGCUGAUUAUUUUCUGGCAGUGCUUUGGGCGUUACUGACGGCGCAUCAAUGCCUCCAGUUAACAACCGGACUCCUUCACCGGUGGCGUGCCUACUAUCCCCCUUUAUCCACGCUCAUACGUCUUCUCGCUUUGCAGGCCAUUUGUUGGCCUGCAACCCACUUUACGCUCGAGAUCCUUGGCGGAUUAGGUUUAAAUGUCGAUGUCGCAUUCUCCACAUUAAAUAUCUUGGACAGCACAUUGCUACGUUGGACCACAAUACGUCCGGAUGUGUGCUGGGCUGUCAUAGGGACGACGACGUGCAUUUCUCGCAGCAUCCAAAUAUGGGUGACGAGCAACCUUCUCCCGUCAGAUACAGGUAUCCGCGUGUCGGCCGUCCCUGAUCGUCUACGGCCCCAUGUAAAACUGAAGGGAGAGGAGACACGCAAAUUGGUUGGACGCCGGUGGGAUUGGGGUGUCGUUGCAAAGGUCUGCAUGUUACCUGCAGGGUGCUUGUAUUUUGUCAUGGCGUGGAUUGGUGCUUGGAGAAGGGAGGCCUGGGAUUGCUAGAGCUAUAGGUCACUUCCAUUUGUACCCAUUGUACAGUUUUAUGCAUCGAUGUCCCCGUAUGUUGAAUAUGCAUCAGGCCACAGUGCUGUCAGAGCGCUGAGCUAUCAA